CCCGCGUGGCUGCGCCUGCUGCUGGGCCUCGGCCCGCUGGCGCACGGUCUACGCAUCCAAGAAUAUCUCUAUUUCCAGGUGCUGAGCCCUGGGGAUAUCCGCUACAUCUUUACCGCCACGCCAGCCAAAGAUUUUGGGGGAGUAUUUAACACCAGAUACGAGCAGAUCUACCUGGUCCCCACAGAUCCGCCGGAGGCUUGUGGGGUGCUGAACAACGGGGUCUUCAUCGAGGGCCAGAUUGCCCUGGUGGAGCGUGGGGGCUGCUCCUUCCUGUCCAAAACCCGCGUCGUCCAGGAGCACGGGGGCUGCGCGGUCAUCAUCGCCGACAACGCCUACGACAACGACAGCUCCUACGUGCAGAUGAUCCAGGACAGCACGAGGCAGACGGCCGACAUCCCCGCUCUCUUCCUGCUCGGGAGGGAUGGAUACAUGAUCCGGCGAUCCCUGGAGCAGCACGGCCUGCCCUGGGCCGUCAUCUCCAUCCCCGUCAACAUAACCAGUAUCCCCACCUACGAACUCAUGCAGCCGCCCUGGACCUUCUGGUAGCAGGACGCAGAAGCGAUGGAGAGGAGGCGGCCCGGAAGCGGAGCGAGCCGUCCAGAGCCCAGCCGGAGCAAAACGCGCUCAGGGAAUGGGCUGAACAGAUCGGAGACCCGGCAAGCUGGCUUCCU